AUGUGAAAAGCUUUUAUAUUAUACAUUAAAGUCAAUUAUUGAACAUAUUUAAAUGGAAUAUUUUAAAUUUGAACAAAAAGAAAGAAAAAGAAAAAGAAAAUCACUUAACUAAGUUGUCCCUAUUGUAUGAACCAACCACAUAGGAUCUUGGAAUGUUCUUCACCUUCAAAUGCAUAACAUAACAUACGAAACAAAGUUUCAUUCUUCACUCAGUUCUUUUCUUCCAUCACACAGAUACCCUUUCUCUCUUUUCUUCUUUCUCUUUCUCUCUCACCCGAAACCAUGGAUAUCUUCCGCAAUGAUCAAGAACACGACCUCCCAUAUGUUCAAAACACUGACGAUUCAGACAACAACACCACCAACGAAAACAAAAAGAUACUCUACAUAUCCAUGGUUUCCUUCACGCUUGUCUUGUUCCUCGUCUUCUCCCUUUACGUCUACGCGCGCUGCAUGCUCACGCGCCGAUCUCGCCACCGUGCCUCCGUUCGCCGACUCAGCCUUGCAGCCCUUCAUGUCUCCGACGUGGACGCUGCAAACCGGAGGAUUGAAACAGCAAAUACAGGACUCGAUCCUGGUAUAGUAGCGUCGCUGCCAACGUUCACCGUGAAGGCAAAGGUUUUAAGAGAUAGUAGCGGUGAUAAUAAUAACAGUGGCGGUGGUGGUGAUGCUUCAUCGGUAAUGGAGUGUGUUGUGUGCUUGAAUGCUCUGGAAGGUGAAGAAAAAGUGAAGCUGCUACCGAACUGUAACCACUUUUUUCAUGUGAGUUGUAUUGACAUGUGGCUUGGUUCUCACUCCACGUGCCCUCUUUGUCGGGCCGAGGUUAAACCUCGUAUCCAACCACAUGAUCGUGAAGGUCCUGUUAGUCUUGCUCUUGAUGAUGCACCACCUCCUAUGAUUGAUGAUGGUGAAUCUUUCAAAGGUAAUGGUUCGAAUUCACGGUUGAGCUCUUUUAGAAGGAUGCUUAGCAGGGAAAGAUCUUCCAGAAGAGUCCAACCGAAUGGCCAUGAUGAGGAAGGUGGUGUUGAUCAUGAUUUGGAGAGACAAUGAGUUUAUGGUAGGUUGUCUUUAUAAUUUGUGUUCUUGGUUUUCUCAUCAGUAAUGCACAUAUAGAAGGAGAAAUAUACAAAUACUUGUUCUUAAAUUGGAGUUGUUUUUUCUUUUUUGUAUUGAUCUUCAAUUGAAAUUCAAACUCCAUGUUUUUGUGAAGUAUGCAAGUAAAAGUUUGUAUGAAACACCAACACAGGUUAAUAAGAUGAAGUCGUAUGUAUAUAUAUAUAUCUUUCAGAACAUCAGAAAAACACUUUACAAAAGGUAUUAAGUUUUUUCUUUUAGUUAAUUUACUUUUUUACGCGUUAUUAGUUGAAGUUGAAGAGAUUUGGUGUUGAAUCACCAACUUGUAGAUUGUCUGUAUUACUGAAAACUAUAGGGUAGACCAUGUAAGCUUCUUUUGGCUUUUGGUUUCUGUCAGUGAGUGGUUAAUUAGUUUCUUUUUUUGGGAAAUUGAUCAAGAUUCUGAAUUUCUAGAUUUGAUAUUUGAUAUUG